UUCUCAACCAGCGCAAAAAUAUUUUGUUGUUCAGCAAGGUGCGCGAAGGUAUUUAAUUCUUACGAAUUACAUGACAAAUCACAUCACCGAGGUCCAGAAAGAAAAGCUCAUCAAUGAAGAAUACAAAAUAUGGAAAAAGAAUGCCCCAUUUUUGUAUGACUUGGUCCUCUCUCAUGCGUUGUUGUGGCCCUCGCUGACGGUACAAUGGUUCCCAGACAAGAGAAUCUCCGAAAACAACGAAUGUUCGAUUCAGCGCCUGCUGUUGGGAACACACACCAUAGUGAAGGAAAUGAAUUACUUGAUGAUUGCUGAAGUAAAAAUCCCCUUGGAAGAGACCGCCUUCGACCUUCGAAGGUACGACGACCAAAGAGGCGAUAUAGGGGGAUAUGGCGCUAUGUCAAAGUGUAAAAUAGAUAUCAAAGUCAAGUUGAAUCACGAGGGCGAGGUGAACAGAGCGCGUUAUAUGCCACAAAACCCAAACAUCCUGGCUACAAAAACCAUAUACGCCGACGCGCUACUGUUUGACUACACGAAGCAUCCUUCGCAGCCGUCUGAUGACACCUGCAGACCUGAUCUCAGACUGCAGGGACACACAAAAGAAGGAUAUGGCCUCGCCUGGAACCCACUGAGGGCCGGUCACCUUCUCUCAGGUUCCAACGACUCGACCAUCUGUUUGUGGGACGUUGAGGCGAAUACCAAAGGCCGAGCCACGUUGGAUCCCAAAACUGUGUUUGUUGGGCACUCGUCUAUCGUCGAGGACGUGUCUUGGAAUCCUAAGCACGAGAACUCUUUUGCCUCAGUUGGAGACGACAAGAAAAUUAUGAUAUGGGACGUUCGCACCCCUGAGCAACCCUGCAGCCAAAUAGAAUCUCACACUGCCGAAAUCAACGCGGUAUCGUUCAAUGCCUUCAACGAAUACAUAUUUGCUACAGGCUCUUCGGACAACACGGUCAGACUUUGGGACCUUCGAAACUUGAACACCCAACUACAUACCUUCGUCAGUCACACGGACCAAAUUUUCCAAGUUCAGUGGUCCCCUUUCAGUGAGACCAUACUCGCCUCUGCUGGUCAGGAUCGACGUGUCUUCAUCUGGGAUCUUGCCUGCAUAGGCGCAGAACAGACUCCAGACAGCCAGGAAGAUGGUCCUCCGGAACUUCUGUUCAUUCACGGCGGUCAUACGUCGGAGGUGUCCGAUUUCGCCUGGAACUACAACGAAGACUGGGUCAUCGCCAGCGUCGACGCCAACAACAUUCUGCAGAUAUGGCAAAUUGCGGAGAGCAUCCACUCCGAUCAGAAGGACGAGACUGAACCUAAGAUCUAAAGCUUUCUGAAAGAGUGCGUGUUACCGCCGAAAUACUUUUUUUUUUGGGGUGGAACGUGCUAAAAAAUGCUUCUCUUUUAUGCUGUGAGUAAAGAUCAA